UUUGAUUGUGCGACAGGCCGCGGCGCGAGCGGGGCCUCACACAACUGGAGAAACGGUCUGACACGAGAUAACGGCUGGGAAUAGACACGGAACUACGGCACGACCGCGUACCGGUUCCCACAGUAACGGCCGAACAGACAAGGACAGACUGGCGGCUCGCAACAACGCAGAAGACGUAAAACAAUAGCCGUGCAUGUGGAGAGCGGUUUGUUGGCAGUCAACGAGCAAAGUAGCUAACCAUCGUUAGCUGAACUGGGUUAGCAGGCUAGCCAGCUUUUGUAAUCCGCCGGCUAGACGCAUCUUCGUCCACCACAAACCAGGCCGAAACCGGAUUUCAAGUCGGGCCGCACAACAGCCGAAAGGACAAAGAAGGCACCGGCGGUGGCAGGAGGCUGGUUCUGGGGGCGAGGCCAAAGGACCAGACUCAAUGAGUUUCCAGCGACAUGUCCGAGAAGUCAGGGCAGAGCACCAAGGCAAAGGAUGGCAAAACAAAGUAUGCAACCCUUAGCCUCUUCAACACCUACAAGGGCAAAUCUCUGGAAACCCAGAAAACUGCAGUGGCUGCUAGACAUGGGCUCCAAAGUUUGGGCAAAGUUGCUGCCAGCCGGCGCAUGCCCCCUCCGGCCAACCUGCCCAGCCUGAAGGCAGAGAACAAGGGAAACGACCCCAACGUCAACAUCGUCCCCAAAGACGGUAGUGGCUGGGCAUCUCGACCUGAGGGAGGGGAGGAGAGGCAACAGGAGACACCCCCACCCCAGAUCAAACCAGCAGUGAUCCAGCCACAAGAGCCUUCUAUUGGGGGCAGCCGCUCCUGGGCCAACAGCAAGCCAACUCAGCUAGACGGAGCUCCUCGUGUGAGCAGCCAUUUUCACCAGGAGUUUCCCAGCUUGCAGGCGGCUGGUGAGGUUGAGAAAGGGGACGGUCAAGAAGAGGAGCCUUAUGGACCAGGCCCCAGCCUCAGACCUCAAAAUGUUGGCAGUUGGCGAGAGGGUGGAGGCAGAAAUUUGAUAACUGCACCCAGCCCCUCUGAGAUGGACAACAGGGCCCCGGAGGAGGGUAGUACGGGCCCUGGUACCUCUACACCACCAGGGGAAGCUGAUGAGCCUGGGCGAAACGUAACCACUGACGUUCAGAGGGAGAAGAGGGAUGGUAGGGAGAGAUUGCCCCCCUCUGCCCUCCCUCAGGCUAAACUUAAUGGGGGGCAGCAGCCUCCUGCCGGGGUGCCAACUCACUUCGACCCUGCUUUUAGGAGCAUGAUGCCACCCUACAUGUUCCACGCCUAUCCUCAAAUGACUUUGGGCCCAGGACAAGGAAACUUCAGAUACCCUGUACCACAAGAUGGAGCAAAGGGUCCUCGUUCAGUACGACCCCAGCAGCAUCCCCCUCAGUCCUGGCACCAGGAUCCAGACAGACCCUCUAUCAUCAGCGCAACGGAACUCAAAGAGCUGGACAACUUAGACACUGACACUGAUGAGGGCUGGGCAGGAGCUCAGAUGGAGGUGGACUACACUGAGAAACUAAACUUCAGCGAUGAUGAGGAAAACCAAGCUGCUAAAGAGAAAAGAGAAAAUUGGGAGUGGAUGGGUAAAGUGGAGCGUAUAAGAUCUCGGCCACCAGACGGUCAGGAGGGCUGGAAGGAGGGUGCUGAGGACCGUGGGGGCAAUAAAACCUCAUGGGCUGAUGGUGAUCCCAGAGCACCAUCACCUGGCAGUAUGGGGCAGUACAAUAAGUCAGCUGCUCCACAGGACUACCAGGGUGGCGGUCGCUCUGUUGGUGGAGCUCCACGCGUGACCAAACCACAGGCUCCAGCGGCACCUGGUGCCGAUGAGGACCCCGAGGCCUGGCGGCAGAAGCGCAAAAAGCCUGCAGAAAUUUCUGAAGCUGUAGAACGAGCGAGACGGCGGAGGGAAGAAGAGGAACGGCGGAUGGAAGAACAGCGGCUUGCUGCUUGUGCUGAAAAACUAAAACGUCUCAAUGAAAAACACCGCCAGGCGACUGAGGGCAAAUCUGCCGUUGCUCAGACCACCAGUGAUGAGGCAGGAGCUGCCCAAGAGGAGGAGACCUCAUCAACUCCCGCUCCUGUCUCCAGUCUUGUACCUUCAAUCCCAGUUUCACAAUCGCAGGCCCCAAUCGUGCAAGCUCCUCUGCCUGAGAGGGUGGAUCUAGACAGGGAGAGGAUUGAGCGAGAACCAGAGAGCGUAGAACCAAGUGUAGAGGAGGAGGUUCACCUGCCUUGUCAGCCCAGCCCCCCCGUCCAGAGACCUGUGGCCAUAGUACCAGAGCCUCAGAGCGAGGGAGAGAGCUCCGUGGUUGAGGUCAGCCCCCUGAUGGAGGAGAACCAGACCGACAGGACAACAGUGCCUAUCCGAGACUAUUUCAACAUAGAGGACAACAGAGUGGAUGAGCCCCACCUGUCUCUGCCUCACAUGGACAGCCCCAGUGGUGAGGAAGUCCCUGUUGCACCACCACAGCUGGAAGGAGAGGCAGCAGCUGCUAUGCGUCCCUCUCUCACUUCAGGCUAUUCCAAACAGUUUCAAAAAUCUUUGCCUCCUCGUUUCCUUAGACAGCAGGAGCAGAUGAAGCAGCAACAAUGGCAACAACAGCAGCACCAGAGUGGGGGCUCCGUGUCCCCAUCAGGUGGUGGUGGCGUUCCAGCUCCCCAACAGCAGCAGCAGCAGCAACACCGCUCCAUGUAUCAACCCAUUGGCCCCCACCACCAGCACUUGGCCUCCAUGGGGUUUGACCCCCGCUGGCUCAUGAUGCAGUCCUAUAUGGACCCCCGCAUGAUGUCAGGACGUCCUCCCAUGGACAUGCCAACUAACAUUCACCCUGGGAGGAUGCCUCCUAAGCAGAUUGUGCGCAGAGAGCCUGGUGACAACUCAAGCUCCAGCUCUGACUCCUUUGACCAUUUGACCCGACCAAUUCGUGACCAUGGCCUGCCGUCAGACUCGCGGAUGGUAUGGGGUUCGGACCCAUACCCACAGUCGGAGCCGUUACCAUCUGUAACUCCUCCAAAAGGACGAGAUGAUAACAAGGAGACGAGGAUGGACUCUGGUUUGGAUCUGGACAGGGGUCUUCCAGCUAUGUAUCCCCAGGACCACAGUGCAUUGGACUCUCAUAAAAGUAACUUCUUCCAGGACCCUACAGAGUCCAUGUCAGUGUUUACCCAGGGCCCAGAGGAUGCAUCAGGGCCUCUAGACAGGGUCCCUGUAGUCCCAGCCUUUGAUCCUGAGGAGCCAGGCUUACCCAGUGGGGAAGAGGUAGAAGCUCUUGGUCAAGCUAUGCUCCAGAGGAGUGUCUCCCAGGGCUCUAGCCACUCCCUCAAGCUGGAUGAGCCCAGGUUUGAUGGGCUACCCCUGGGAACAAAACCACUAGAGCUACAGGACACAGGAGAACGGGCUGAUGAUAAGCCCCAGAAUGAACUCUACCCCCAGGCUGCGGUGACUAGCAACCGGGCUACACCUCCUGCUGAUGGAUUACACAAACAAGAGAAGCUGCCUCUGCCAGCCCCUAGCAAGCAGAAAGCUGAGCUGCGCUGGGGUGGAAGAUCAGGGGCUGGACGCAGAGAAGGACCAGGGGGCGAGAGACCUGUUCGCAGGUCUGGGCCAAUAAAGAAGCCUGUCCUAAGGGACAUGAAAGAAGAGAGAGAGCAAAGAGAAGAGAGGGAGAAGCGUCACGAGAGAGGGGAAAGAGGAGACCGGUUCAAAAAGGAUCAGUCAUCCAAAGCUCCUUCUGCAGCUCCUUCUGCAGCUGCUGCAGUGUCUGAGGGCUCCAAACCUCAGGGUGAGGAGAAGAGAGAAGCUGCUGAGGAAACAGCGACUGGCCAUCAGAGAUUCAGAGAGUCCCAGCCUCUAUCUGGGGCUCCCACCUCUUCCUCUCAGGAGGAGAAAGCCGACAAACCGCCCAGCAAUGACAAACAUCCAGAACCCAAACUGCCCUCCAGGAAAGACUCCAAUCUUCCUCCACGUGCCUACCGACGAGAGGAGAGAGAGAGGGAACGUGAGCGAGAGAAGGAAAUGGACAAGGACCGAGAUCGGGAUAGAGAUAAAGAGUGGCCUGCCGACUCAAGUUUCAAAGCACGUGGUCGAGGGGAGUAUUACUCAAGAGGACGGAGCUACCGGGGGACUUACGGUGGCCGAGGCAGGGGGGGUCGUGGUCGAAGCCGGGCGGAGUACAAUUACAGAGAGCCCCGAUCACGCUCCGAUUUACCUUCUGUUGGAGGUGCUGCCGCCUUUCGCAACAGGGAAGAAAGCGAAACACGCAGCGAGAGCUCAGACUUUGAGGUUAUACCAAAACGUAGACGGCGCCGUGGUUCAGACACGGAUUCUGAAAGCGAAGGCGGGAGAGAGUCUGCCAGUGAUACCGGACCCUCUGACCGUGAGCCUAGCACCAAACCUAGCCGUCCAUUGAGACGAGAGCUCCCUGGGGAGGCCCGGUCUGGGCCCCACAAGCCAGGCUUUGGACCUCCUCACAUGGGGGAAAGGGUUGGACCCAGAGGGGACGACGAAAGCCGACCCAAGCCAGGAUUCCUUCCCAAAGGAGAGCCUUCUCGGCGAGGAAGAGGAGGGCUGUACAAUAGACGAGGUGGAGCAAGGGAACGUGGCGGGCCUCGCUCAGGCCCUCCUAGACGGCCAGGAGCUAGAGAGUCCUCUUCUCAGUGGCCCUGUAAACCCAUGGAGACAUUCAGGCCUGAGGACACGGAGUGCACACCAAGAUAUGACAAUCCUGCUGCUGACCGAAGACCCCCCAAGGCUGAUGGCAAGAAAUUUGGGGAUGGGGCUCCUCAGAGUAGUAGAGAAAGGCCUCGUCGGUCCAGACCAGCACGGCCCCCGAGGCAAGAUAAACCCCCCCGGUUUAGGCGCUUGAAGGAGCGGGAGGCUGCAGUGUUAGCUAGUGGGGAAACUGCCCCAAAUCCCCCUGUCCCUCUAUUCCCAGUGCCUGCUGCUGCUGUCCAUAGCUCUGCCCCUGCCCCAAGCUCCCAUUCCCAUUCCCCAACCCUGUCUAGAGCUCCAGGAGCCCCUGUAACUGUGCCUGCGGAAGUGUCAGCCACUAUGCCUACAACCGACUUGUCCUCUCCUAUAGAAGCACCCUUGCCUGAGACCAGCAGCCCCACCAUCACUGCAGUCGGUACCAAGUCCCCUGACUUGUCCAACCAGAACUCUUCAGAUCAAGCCAAUGAGGAAUGGGAAACUGCCUCCGAGAGCAGCGACUUCAACGAAAGGAGAGAACGAGAAGAAAGGAAAGGAGCACUGGAGGCCGCUCAUGAAGCAGCCAGGGCAUCUGUCCCGGCACCUGCAGCCCCUCAGGGCUCUUUGACCCCCAACAAAAGCCCUGAUGGAGUGGUCACUCAAAAACGUGAAGGGGCUCCUGCAGCCAAGAGAAGUUUCUCAAACCAGAGGCCUACAGAGAGACCAAAUCGUCGAGGCAACAGUGGAGCCAAACCAGGCCGGAGCUACGCAGGGGGCAAGGGGGAGAGGAGGGGCGGGGCCAAAGCUGGCCGCAAAGGCCCUGCAGCCCAGCAGAACUCCGAUGGAACAGCACAAACCGCUGGAGGACCGUCCCAAAGGCCUACAAAGGACCAGUCAGGCCGUCGUAAGGAUGAAGCCAAACAGGCCGCCAAGAAGCCCAAAGAGAAUGCUCUUUCUCAGUUUGAUCUUAAUAAUUAUGCCAGUGUCGUGAUCAUUGAUGACCACCCAGAGGUCACCACCACGGAUGACCCACAGUCCAGCACCAAUGAUGACGGCUUCACAGAGGUGGUCUCCCGCAAACAACAAAAACGUCUGCAGGACGAAGAGAAACGGAAAAAGGAAGAGCAGACUACUCAAAACUGGAGUAAAAAAGGCUCUGGUGAGAAGAGCAGGGGAGGCGGAGGAAAGCUGCCACCAAGAUUUGCUAAAAAGCAAUCAUCCCAACAUCAGCAACAACAACAGCAGCAACAACAACAACAACAGCAGCAGCAGCAGCAGCAACAACAGCAGCAACAGCAGCAGCAACAGGCCUCACAGUCUCAGCCUCCUGUAGCCCCCACAUCUCAGGCCCAACAGCAACCCCCUAUUUCUGUUCCCCAGCACCCUCACCUUGCCCCCUCCCAGCCUACUGUGUCCCCUCAAACUCUGGAAGGAACAGUGGCUCCACUGCCCUCCAUCCCCCCUGCCACUGUGGACUUUACCUCAAAGAGCCUACCCCCCGCACCCACGCAGACACACAGCACUCUGGGUACAGAACUGUGGGAGAACAAGGUAGCGGGCGCCACUGUCCUUCCUGAUGUCAAGAAGCUUGGUCCUAUCAGCCCUCCCCAGCCACCAUCUGUGAGUGCCUGGAACAAACCUCUUACCUCCUUUACUGGCACCGUCUCCUCUGAGGGUGGGAAGCCUGGAGCAGAGAGCAGUGCGGAAUUGGCAAUAGACAGUAUUCAGUUUGGUGCACCAUCAUCUGCAGGCAGCACCGACAGCGAUGGAGUUCCAGCGAUGCUAGAAACCGUCUCUGAAAACAAACUACCUGCUCCCAAAGAACAGAGACAGAAACAACCUCGAGCUGGCCCAAUCAAAACACAGAAGCUUCCUGAAAUGGAACCAGUGGAAACCAAGGAGUACAAGCCAGGUCCCAUUGGUAAGGAGCGCUCUUUAAAGAACCGCAAGGCCAAAGACGCACGUGGAGGAGAAGGCGAGGGGAUCAUGGAGGGAGGGGUCCCUGGAGGAGGUGUCAGUAGAGCCACAGACCCCAGUCCUCCCACCAGUGACUCCACAGUACCAGAGCUGGGAGGAGACAUCGAGGGCAUGAUCACAGUCCCGUCAGCGGAGUACAACAGUAACUCUAAGGAGUCAGUCACCGACUACACCACCCCCUCCUCCUCACUGGCUGACAGUGUUUCUACAGGAGUGAACAAAAUAGAAGAGAGUUUAGUAGCAAAUGUGGCGCUACCCCACGCGUUGCCUCUUCCUCGACGAGAGACCCUGCAGCAGAGCUCCAGCCUCAGCACUGUAUCUCCUGCAACUGUUGACCUAACACUAAAGAUGGAAUCGGCUCGUAAGGCGUGGGAGAACUCCCCGAGCCUGGAGAAGAAUUCUCCAGUCACUUCCUCUUCCUCCCCCAUCACCUCCUGCGCAUCCUCGUACUCCACCUUCUCCUCAGCCUCCAUAGCACAGAUCCCUGUGGCUUCGGUUACCCCCAGCACCUCACUGUCAGGUUCUGCUACCUAUACGACAUCAUCCCUCAGCACCAAGACCACCACAGCCUCCGACCCCCCUAACAUCUGUAAGGUGAAGCCCCAGCAACUGCAGGGUGGAGGUCUGUCGUCCUCCAGCAGUAGCGGGAGUAGCAGCAGCUUCUCUCAGUUGGGCUGUGUGACUACCCUCCUGCCCCAGCAACAGCAGACCCCACAGGUGUACGUCUCUCAGUCUGCAGCAGCUCAGAUUCCAGCCUUCUACAUGGACACUAGCCACCUCUUUAGUAGCCCCCACCCUCGCUUGGCGCCUCCCUCCCUAGCGCAGCAGCAAGGCUUCCAGCCCGGCCUCUCGCAGCCGACAGCAGUCCAGCAGAUUCCCAUCCCUAUCUACGCUCCGCUGCAAGGUCAGCCGCAACACCAACAUCAACACCAACACCAACAUCAACACCAGCAUCAGCAUCAGCACCAACACCAACACACACACCAGGCUCAGCUAGGACUCAGCACUGGUCCGCCAGUCUCCCAGCCACAAGACCUGUUCAGCUCCUCACUGCAGCCAUACAGGUCUCAGCAGGCAUUUAUGCAGAGCAGCCUGUCGCAGCCCUCCAUGAUGCUGUCAGGGCCGUCUCUGCACAGCUAUCCCGGCGUGCAGGCACCUGAGCUGGGCAAGCCUCAGUCUAAUCUGACCUAUCAGCAGGCCUCUUCGACCCAGCACAUUCCCAUUCUGUUUGAGCCACAGCUCAACCAGCCCUCUGGCAUGGGAGGCUCCCAGCUCAUUGACACACACCUGCUGCAGGCUCGACAGGGGAUGAGUCAGCACUCAAACAUGUACUCGGGGCAGGUGCAACAACAUGGCCAGAGUAGCUACUAUAGCAACACUCAGUCGCCUAGUUCUGCAAUGCAACAGGUGACUGUCCCUUUGCCCAGUUCCCAGUUGUCCCUGCCAAACUUUGGCUCGGGUGGAGGCCAGCCGCUCCUGGCGCUGCCUCCCACUCCUCCCCAGGCCCAGCCCCCCAACAUCAACCGACAGCCCCCGGUCUCCCAGCCUUACCGAGGCAUCAUGGGCCCCAACCACAGCAUGAUGCAGCCUCCGACCAGCAAGAUGGACAUGGAUCUGAAACUCUUUGGCAGUGGAAUGGAUGUGAAGCCCGGAACCCCUCCUAUCGGCGCCAGGAGCACUACACCCACCUCCAGCCAUUACAGGGCCAGCUCCACGUCUCCUAGCAGCCAGUCCAGUAAGAUCAACAGCAUGCUGUACCAGAAGCAGUUUCAGGCUAGCUCCGCCGCCAUGAGAAUGACCCAGCAUUUCCCUGGCCAAUUCAACCCACAGAUUUUGUCCCAGCCCAACAUCGUCUCUCCUCUGGUUCGACCUCCUCACGUCAACUCGUUUGCUGGAGGCGUCCAGCGCUCUCCCAUGGGCCCUCCCAUGUCGGCCAACGUGGGCGGUGGUCUCAUGCCCCAUCCCCGACCUCAGCAUCCACAGCACAGCCAGCACGCUCCCCGAGGACCUCCUGGUCCCUCGCUUGCUCCCAGAGGCACCCAGGCGGCUCUGAAAGCCGAACAGGACCUAAAGGCAAAGCAGCGGGCUGAGGUGCUUCAGUCCACUCAUAAGUUCUUCUCGGAGCAGCAGCAGCUCAAGGCCCCGCAAGUCAGCAAAGUGUCUCGCCUCGAUCAGGCGGGGAAACCCCCACUCGACACCUCUGCCCCAAACCACCAGGCGGUAGGCGAGCGCCCAGAUUCUGACAAGCCCCCCAUCUCCAUCUCCACGGCCAAGCCCAUACGGACUGGCCCCAUAAAACCGCAGGCCAUCAAACCAGAAGAGGGCAAGUAAAGCGCUGCGGAACCUCUUCAGAUGACAAUACAUUGGACGGAAGACCGGAAGAGAGAGAAUCAAGCCCCAUUCACUCGGUCACCACCUCAUAUCAGCCCUGGGGAACAGUGUGUGGGGGGGGCAGGACGAUGAGUUGAUUGUAGUGGUUGCUGAUAGGCACUGUCCUGCGCAUACAUGAUCCUCCUUCCUCUUCUUUCUUCCCCUAUCUCGUCCCACUGUAGGUGGCGGCGUUUGAGUUGAAUUCUUCCGUCAUAUUUAGACGCCGAUAAAAUGGCUGCACAAGUUGUUCCAUAGAAAUCUACUGAGACGGUAGAUAAGAGGAGAGCUGGAAAGAGAAAUUUGAAAUAUUUGCUGCUGAGUUUGCCUCUUUUUUUUUUUUUUUUUUUUUUUUUUUUUAGCUCUUGAUUUCUGUUCCUUUUUUAUUCCCCAAAUAGGAUCAUGCAUAUUAUAGGAGAAACCCGUUUUUUGGUAAUGAAAGAAAUCAGUUUUGUUUUUGUAGUCAAAACAAUCUUGUUAAGGAGAGGUCAUUUUAGUGAAGACAACUUUUUGUUGGCCAAUCACCCAUCAUAACUAAUCCAGCGAUUUGUGCACAUGGAAAUGCGCCUCAUUACCACACACACACACUCACACUCAACGGUUUCAUCCACGGUUACCAGAAAUUCAUUCUUUUUGUUUUACCAGAAUGGAAAUGUGAAAAUUACAGCAGUCGACUGAAAUUAUUGAUUUAUUGGUUAGUCUGCCUGUGAGCCUUUGCUCCUGCCUUCUGCUCUCAUCUCCCUGCCUGAGGUGUGUGUGUGUGUGUGUGUGUAGGUAGGUAGGUGUGUGUGUGGUAUAAACGGGGGAAGCUCAUAGCUGGACUCUCCUGUAUAUUUAGCCCAAAGGUUUAAAGCAGUGCACAGAUGAUGUCGCAGCCUUUUAGGAUCGCUGUUGCCGUGGCAGCAGAGUUCAGUUUGGAUUCCCAGGAUGUACCCCGGAUGAUGUACGAUCACUACAUACAGCUGUUCCAGUUGUCCCACACAACCCUCUCAAUGCGUCCUCACCCAUCCUUUGCUGUCUCACAAACACACGUCACUGUAAAGCACCCCGAACCUGCUGCUGUUGACUGAUAUCAGUGCCCUUAGCUAGAGGGAAGCAGGAUGGGGCUAUUUAGAGGAGGAAUAGAAACGGCGAGUUGAUUGCUGAAACAGACAACUUUGCGUGCGUGUGUGUCAACCCUCACAAAAAGAGGGAGAACAAGAUGAGAAGCCUCAAGUUCACAAGUGUUUGGGCAUAAGGACACCUGUUUUAUUGUCAUUACUGAUGGGAGCCAUCAGUGCUGUUUUCUGUCUCUGCCUCGCCUCCGCUGGCUGUCCCGCCCACAAUGCUUUUCA